AUGAGAAAAGGCAAAGGGAAAGAAAAAGAGGAAGACGAUGAUGCUAGCGCUGGAAAGCGCGAGACGGAACCUGUCUCUAAUGAUAACGAGCACUGGACCAAAGACCUCGCACUGAGAUUGAAAGAAGGUGAGGCAAAAAUCGAAGGGCACAAAGGCAGCUCAGAAAACGCCAAAGCGGAAUCUAGCACGAUGGACGAAGAUCAAAUUGCUUUGGUCCAUGCACUCUGUUGCGAUAAUGUUCCUUUCAACGAUCUCAAAAAACUAUUAGGGGUACCGGAAGGUGCUGUGGACCUUUCUGAGCUGGUAGAGGUCAUGAUAGAUGCGGAGAAACUGAAAGCCGAAAAAGUGAACACGCAAGAACUGAAAAGCAGAGAAGCAAAGAUACCCGGCCAGACUCAAUUCCAGGCCAACGAUGAAGAAUUCGAAGUCUACGAUCCUGAUCGUUGGGAGGCACCAGCCGAGGAAAAUAAUGUUGAUGAAAUUUCGGACAACGAGGAAGCUCCUGUUCCUGAGCCUUUCGAUUACAUCGAAGAAGGGGUCUCCGACAGGCCCAAACCUGCACCUAGUGUCCUUACCCCAGGACCGCGCUUCGUUCGCGCUCUCAAAGACUCUAAGGAGGGAAAUCAAUCUUCCGAGCUGCUUCCUCUCAAACCUCCCGGAGAAGCGGGACGAGUGCUGAUCCGGGACUUCGAGCCAGCAGACCAGGUAGCGGUGGAUGCCGUAGGGAGGGAAGCUAGUACCGAAAAGGAGAAAGAUAGCUUUCGAUGCGCUAUGGAAUGGGAGGAUUGA